AGUCCUCCGCCGACACUGCACUGGUAUAAGGACACCACAAUGAUCGACGGCUCCUACAUCAUCGACUCCCGGGGCUGGGCUCACAACGACCUCAUCAUCUAUAGGCUGUCCGCCUAUGACUUAAAUGCGGUGUUUAGUUGUCAGGCAAACAAUUUCCUUAACCACAGCCAACCCAUACGCUCGUCGUUUUCCAUUGAUAUUAACUUAAAUCCCGUAAGUGUUAACAUAGUAUCCGAAAAGAGUAUCCUAUCGGCCGGUCGUAAAGUAGAGAUCGUUUGCCAAACAAAAGGCUCCCGACCCCCGGCGGUGAUCAUAUGGUUUAAAAAUAAUAAACAGUUAACGCAUUCACAGGAAAGUGUGUCGAGCGAUGGCAACACUACCACAAGUGUACUGAAUCUGAUGCCAACACUGGCCGACAAUAACGCCCUAUUGGUCUGUAGGGCACAAAAUCUGCGCCUACAGUCGGGUCCACACAAGUAUGCGGAGGACGGCUGGGAAUUGCAAGUCUAUUCUAUAAACUAUUAA